GCUGCUUGACCACGCGGUAAAGAGAGACGUCUGCUGUUGCCAGAAUGUCAUAAAAAGGCAGGCAGUUCCCUCCGUUUCCUCUCCAAACCAUCUCACCCCCCGCCCAUCAAUCAAAAUGCCCGCAAAGAACCUCUCCUUCGUCCUCCAAAAACCCAACCACGUCUCCUUCGAAGACCGCCCCGUCCCCGAACUCCACUCCCCUCACCACGUCCUCGUCAAUGUCAAAUACACCGGCAUCUGCGGCUCCGACGUGCACUACUGGACCCAUGGCGCCAUCGGCCACUUUGUCGUCAAGGCGCCCAUGGUGCUGGGCCAUGAGUCCAGUGGCAUCAUCGCUGCCGUAGGCGACAAAGUCACCACUCUCAAAGUUGGCGAUCGCGUCUGUCUCGAGCCUGGCAUUCCGUGCCGCAUGUGCGUGCGCUGUAAGGAGGGCAAAUACAAUCUGUGCCCCGACAUGGCGUUCGCAGCCACUCCACCCUUUGAUGGCACCCUCGCCAAGUACUACUCUCUGCCCGAGGACUUUUGCUACAAGUUGGCGGACGGCACGAGCUUGGAAGAGGGUGCAGUAAUGGAGCCGCUCAGUGUGGCCGUGCACGUGGUGCGACAGGCGGGGAUCAAGCCGGGUGAUCGAUUGGUGGUAUUCGGAGCCGGCCCAGUCGGCUUGCUGUGCUGCGCGGUUGCAAAGGCGUACGGCGCGAGCAAGGUGGUGUCGGUGGAUAUCAACGAGGAGCGCCUCGCAUUUGCGAAGAAAUACGCGGCAACGCAUACCGUUGUUUCCCGCAAGGAGAGCGCGGAGGAGGCCGCGAAGAGAAUCAACGAGGAGUGCGGGUUGGGCUUGGGCGCGGAUGCAAUCAUUGAUGCUUCCGGAGCGGAGCCGUGCAUUCAAACUGCGCUCCAUGCCAUUCGGAUAGGCGGGACGUAUGUGCAAGCGGGAAUGGGCAAGCCCGACAUCAACUUCCCUAUCAUGGCUCUGUGCACCAAAGAGCUCAACGUAAAGGGCUCUUUCCGCUACGGAGCAGGAGACUAUGCCACCGCCGUCGACUUACUCGCGACCGGCCGAGUCAGCGUCAAGGAACUCAUCACUGGCAAGGUCAAGUUCCGCGACGCAGAACACGCCUUUCACCAAGUCAAGGAGGCAAAGGGGAUCAAGACGUUAAUUGAAGGUCCUGAAGACGAACAGGUGAAUGGUAGCUAAGCAUGUCGUAUCAUGAAUCAUAACAUCAGCCGAGCGAAAAUGCCUCGACGUGCAAGU